GGCCCCGCCCCCAAGACCAUAACCGGUCGCCGUCGCAGCCGCCGCGGCUAAAGCUUCCUGAGUGCUAGUGCCUGAGGCUCGAACCCGAGACCAACGCCGGGCGCGCCCCGCCUCCUGCCCGCCAUGGCUGCGCCCCGCACGCCCAGCGCCCCCCGCGCUCUGGCGGCCGCCGCGCCGGGGCCCGGAAAGACCAAACUGACUCACCCCGGGAAGGCGAUCCUGGCAGGCGGCCUGGCGGGAGGCAUCGAAAUCUGCAUCACUUACCCAACAGAAUACGUGAAGACGCAACUCCAGCUAGACGAACGCUCGCAGCCACCGCGGUACCGCGGCAUCGGAGACUGCGUGAAGCAGACUGUCCGCAGCCAUGGCGUCCUGGGCCUGUACCGCGGCCUCAGCUCCCUGCUCUACGGUUCCAUCCCCAAGGCGGCUGUCAGGUUCGGAAUGUUCGAGUUCCUUAGCAACCACAUGCGGGAUGCUCAGGGUCGGCUGGACAGCAGGAGAGGGCUGCUGUGCGGCCUGGGCGCUGGUGUGGCAGAGGCUGUCAUGGUCGUGUGUCCCAUGGAGACCAUCAAGGUAAAGUUCAUUCAUGACCAGACUUCCCCGAACCCUAAGUACCGAGGAUUCUUCCAUGGGGUUAGAGAGAUUGUUCGAGAACAAGGGCUGAGGGGGACAUACCAAGGCCUCACAGCUACAGUGCUGAAGCAGGGCUCAAACCAAGCUAUCCGCUUCUUUGUUAUGACCUCCCUACGCAACUGGUACCGAGGGGAUAAUCCCAACAAAUCUAUGAACCCUCUGGUCACGGGGGUCUUUGGUGUUAUUGCGGGUGCAGCCAGUGUCUUUGGGAACACUCCACUGGAUGUGAUCAAGACUCGGAUGCAGGGCCUGGAAUCACACAAAUACCGGAACACACUGGACUGUGGCUUGCAGAUCCUGAAAAAAGAGGGGCCCAGAGCGUUCUACAAGGGCACUGUCCCCCGCCUGGGCCGAGUCUGCCUGGAUGUGGCCAUCGUAUUUAUGAUCUACGAUGAAGUAGUGAAACUGCUCAAUAAAGUAUGGAAGACAGACUAAGCCCAGAGGGUACAGUGGGGUGCCCCAGCUCCUCCAGACUAGCCCCUUCCAUCCACUCUUAUGAUUCCAGUGAAGUAGUGCCAAAAGGUCCCUUCUUUUGUCCCUCAAGCUCCAUGGCCUGGUCUGUUCAUGGUGACUAUCAUGUGUUACAUAGUGCCGCUGUCUCCUCUGUGGUCCACAUGUGGUACCAACUGUUGUUUCUAUGUCUAGCCUGGCCAUGGCUGAGUGUCUCUCUGGCCUGUGACUCUGUGCUUAUCCAUGUGCUUACUUGUGAACCACGAGUCUGUUUCGUGUUCUAUGUCAUGUGCCCGUGUGCCCUGGUCCAUGACCCUGUAGCCAUGGUCCAGCCACAGUCCGGUGCCUUCCACCCCAACUGGCAGGGGCACCCUGCCCUGGCCUACCACAGCUGCCUCCGGGCCUCAGCCUGGCCUCACCGCAUUCCAGGGGCUACAUGCCCCCCUGCUUCUCCCACCAUUGGCCUUAAUUGGCCCUCGGGCCCUCCCUCUGCCCGGGACAGAGUGGCACACACCACUCUCAAGACCACCCUGCCAAGGAGAAUAAACCGGAUCCUGUCGCAG